UUUCUGAUAUUUUAAAAUUAGCAGAAAAAUAUCACAUUUGUCAGCAGGUCCGAUAUCAUCCGUAUUGCUUGAAAGGAAAAGUGAUUUAUUUAAUAAUUGAUUAUUUUCUAAAAAAUAUAAAAACAAGUUAAAUGGCUUCAAGAAUAUUACAAAAAAUUUUCACUGCCCCAACAAAUGGAAGAUCGUAUUCAUCUGGUUUACGCAAAGUAACACUAAUUCCUGGAGAUGGUAUAGGACCCGAAAUUUCUGCAGCUGUUCAAAAAAUUUUUGCUGCUGCUAAUGUACCAAUUGAAUGGGAGUCAGUUGAUGUAACCCCAGUUAGAGGGCCUGAUGGAAGAUUUGGCAUUCCACAAGCUGCUAUUGAUUCUGUUAACAAAAAUAAAAUUGGUCUUAAAGGACCUCUUAUGACUCCAGUUGGUAAAGGACAUCGAUCAUUGAAUUUGGCUUUACGUAAAGAAUUCAAUUUAUAUGCUAAUGUAAGACCUUGCAGAAGUUUAGAGGGUUACAAAACUUUAUACGAUAAUGUUGAUGUUGUUACUAUUCGUGAAAACACUGAAGGUGAAUAUUCAGGUAUUGAACACGAAAUUGUUGAUGGUGUUGUCCAGUCAAUUAAAUUGAUCACAGAAGAAGCUUCUUCAAGAGUAGCAGAAUUCGCUUUCCAAUAUGCUCAAGAUAAUGGAAGGAAAAAAGUUACUGUUGUUCACAAAGCUAAUAUUAUGCGUAUGUCUGAUGGUCUCUUUUUGAGAUGUGCCCGUGAAAUGUCAAAAAAAUAUCCAAACGUUAAAUUUGAAGAAAAAUAUUUGGAUACAGUUUGCUUAAACAUGGUACAAGAUCCCAACAAAUAUGACGUUUUGGUAAUGCCAAAUUUAUAUGGUGAUAUCUUAUCAGAUAUGUGCGCCGGUUUGGUAGGUGGUCUUGGUUUAACACCCUCUGGUAAUAUUGGAUUAAAUGGUGCUCUAUUUGAAUCUGUUCACGGUACUGCCCCUGAUAUAGCUGGAAAAGAUUUGGCAAAUCCUACUGCACUUCUUUUAUCAGCAGUUAUGAUGUUGAAACAUAUGGAAUUAAGUGAUCAUGCUGCCAAAAUUAAACAAGCGUGCUUUGCAACAAUUAAAGAAGCUAAAUACUUAACAGGCGAUUUAGGUGGUAAAGCUAAAUGUUCCGAAUUUACAAAUGAAAUUUGUGCUAAACUUUAAGUCAUAAAUUUUUUGUUUUAAACUAAGAAAUGAGAACAUAAAAAGAACUAAAAAAAAAAAAACAGAAAAAAUCAAUUAUAAGUUUUAAAAAUUUGAGACAAUAUGUUGGAUUGCCGGAGAGGUACUCUAUAAGAACAAGUAAAUAGCGAAUUUUUACAUUUUUCAUUUUGUAAAUAAUUUUAUUUCAUACAUUUAAUUCUCUUGAUUAUACAGUAUAUAAAACCUAUUUAAAAUAUAGAAUUUAAAUAUAUAAUUCAUAUAUUUUAAUAUCAAUAAUAUUUAAAUUAUUGAUAUUAUUUGUAUUUAUUUAUUUGAAACACUAAGAUGCUGGAUACGUCUUAGAUUUUAUUUUAUAUUUAAUUAUAAUUUUAAAUAUUUGUCCGAUACAUACAUUUUUAAGUUUUAAAGCCUAAAAAAUGAACCAGUAUUACGGUGGGGGCAAUCUUAUAUUUAACUAUUUUUAAUUUUUACUUUUUGUAAAAUAAUAAAUUUCAUUUGUAAAGUUAAUAAUAAAUUUAUAUAAAAAAAAAAACAA